AUGGCUUUAACUAGAUCUUUUUCUGGUCCAGGUGGAUUAAGUAUUAAUACCAAUUCUGCCAAUUCUUUAUUUAGCGGAUCAGGAACGACACAGCCAUCAUCAGGAGGAAUGUUUGGAAGUACACAGGCUGCGAAGCCUUCGACAGGUCUUUUCGGCGCACCUGCAACUACAUCUGCUCCUCAAUCUGGUGGUUUAUUUGGUUCAACAACUUCAGCUGCUCCUGCUACAGGUGGUUUAUUUGGCUCAGCUCCCGCAGCAGCAACCUCUGCGCCGGCAACUGGAGGAUUGUUCGGAGCCGCUCCUGCUCAACCUGCGACUGGUGGAUUGUUCGGAAACGCCAAUACUUCUCAACCGGCUUCAACUGGGGGUGGAUUAUUUGGUUCAACGACUGCCGCGACGACUGCUCCUGCAACGGGCGGGCUAUUCGGAUCUGCGACUAACAAUAAUCAGACUCAAGGAGCUACAGGUGGUGGACUUGGGGGAGCACAACCCAAUAAUCAGACAGCUGGCGCAAAUACAGGUGGUGGAUUAUUUGGUGGUACUGCCUCGUCACAACCUGCGCAGAAUGGAGGUGGAUUAUUUGGAAAUUUAAAUCAAGCAAAACCUGCAGCAUCUGGAGGUCUCUUUGGCGCAAGUCAACAAACUCAAACUCAAACUCAAUCCCAACCACAGCAAACCUCCUCUCUUUUCGGCGCACCAGCUCAAAAUCAACCACAAGGCCAAACCAAUAACAAUAUGCUUGGGGGUAGUCGUUUCAUGGGUCAAUCCCAACAGCCUCAACUUGUUCCAGGCGUUCAAAUUGACCUUAGCCAAAUGCGCGGCACGACACGAUUCAAUGACCUUAACGAAACCGUACAAAAACAAAUUGAACACUUUGACCAAGUAAUUCAAGCACAAAUAGCCAUGAAAAAUGACUGCGAUGCCAUCAUGCCUCAACAUGGCAAGCUCCUUGAACACGUUCCCAACGACGUCGAAUUUUGUCGGAGGAAAUUACUCGGCAUGGAGGAGGCCAUGGAACGCGACGCCACUGAAAUUGAUCAAGUUCGUCAAUUGAUAAAGAAAGACGCGGACAAUGCCACUCUAAGUUUCCGCGCAAUCGAUAAUCAGAAAUUGCCAACUCAAUACCAGACCCCUGGCAUCUGGGCUACUAAAUCUACAAACAAUCCCAAUAGUGCAGCCAAUGACACUGAUGCCCAAGAUUUGGUGUCGUUUUUCUCCGCUACCGCCGAUGAACUAGACGCGACGCUCAAGAAGUAUCAGAACAAUUUCACUGAACUAGAAGCGCAUCUAAGGAGCCUAGAACAAAGCACGGCGCAACAAACUCAAGCCUUACUAGCGCGCAGAAACGGAAGAGCGUAUCAACAAGAAAACCCGGUCCAAGAGUUGGGAUUGGCACUUGUAGAAUUUGAGCAGAGUAUCUUACAGGUGGCUGGGAAGAUUGGCGCGAGUAGAGAGAGUAUUCAAGCGUUGCAACUUGGAAGUUUCACGGGCCCUGGAGAUAGGGAUAGGAGGGGCGAAACGCCGACAGGGUUUGGGGGCAGUGUUAAUGGGGCCAGUGUGAGGGGGAGGGGAGGUGUUUAUUAA